AUGCAUGCUCAUAGCGCUGUAUUGAAUAAAGAUCUUUAUAGAUUGGAUAUAAUUCACUAUAAUGAUUUCCACGACAGGUUCGAAGAGACUACGGUUCUUUAUCCCGUGUGUGAUUCAAAUAAUAACGACUGUCUGGGAGGCUUCGCUCGUUUGUAUUAUGAGAUUAACGCGUUACUGAAAGAGAAAAACAAUGCACUUUUAUUAAAUGCCGGUGAUGUUUUUCAAGGCACGUAUUGGUAUACGCUAAUGAAAUGGAACAUAACACAGAAAUUCAUAAAUUUACUACCCCACGACGUUCAUACAAUAGGUAAUCACGAGUUCGAUGAUGGAGUAGCGGGCCUGGCUCCAUACCUUGCGGCGCUCCGUGCACCAGUUGUUGCUGCUAAUAUUGAUACAAGUGCUGAACCUGCUUUAGAUGGUCUAUACAAAUCACAUGUAAUACUAAAGAAGAAAGGCCGUAAAAUAGGUAUAAUAGGGUUAGCUACUCCAGAAACGCGGACUACUUCAAAUCCAGAAGAUGUAAAAUUUUUGGAUCCUGUUAACACUACUAAGAAAGAAGUUGAAUUGCUGACUAAGAAAGGCGUUGAUAUUAUAAUUGUUUUGUCACACUGUGGUCUUGAAGUCGACAAAAAAAUUGCAAAAACAGUUGGUGGAAACAUAGAUAUUAUAGUUGGUGGUCAUUCACAUAGCUUGUUAUGGAACGGAAAGGCGCCAACUAAGGAACACGUGUCUGGGCCAUAUCCGAUUGUUAUUACGCCUGAUACCGAUCCCGAUCAUAAGGUACUGGUUGUAACUGCAGCUUCGUUUUCCAAGUACUUGGGCAAUAUGACUGUGUUUUUUGAUAGAAAAGGUGAUUUAGUCGAUUUUUCCGGGACACCAGUGUUUCUCAAUAGAUCAAUACCAGAAGUGAUGUUGGGAGUGGUGGUGCUGGGAUUAGUGGUGACGAGGCGAGUGUACGCAAUUGAGGGAGGGCGGGAGGUGCUCUUCAAAGAUCCAGAAAUAAAGGCUCUUUUAAAACCGUACACAGAAAAAUUACAUUCAUUAGUAAGGGAAGUUGUAGGAUACUCUAACGAAGACCUUUUAGAUUCGAAGUGUAGUUCACAGGAGUGCGCUAUCGGUAAUUUAGUAGCAGAUGCCUUUUUCGAUGCCACUAAAGAGUUAAAAGUUUCAAACCUCACCCAUGUGUCAUUUAUAUUGAGAAAUACGAUGCGCGCAUCGUUAGCAAAAGGAGAAAUCACAAGAGGCGCAAUUAUUAAUACUUUGCCUUUUGCAAAUCAGGUCGUCACAUUCGCACUUCCAGGUCGUUAUUUGCUCGAUGUUUUUAAAUUGUGUAUGACCAAAUAUUACGUUGCAAACCCAUUUAAUGGUCCGUGGAUGCCAAAUAUUGCAGGUCUUCGAUUAACAAUUAACUUGACUCAAGGUGUUAAUGUAGUCGCCCAAGUUAAAGAAGGAGAAGAAUUCAAAGAUUUAAAUCCAGAUAAAGAAUAUCAAGUAUCAACGCUUGGAUUUUUAGUUCGGAAGCGAAAUAAUAAGUUUGCGGUGCUGGUACGUCACGGAAGGAAUAUAAGAGCGGUUGGAAAAGAUAGUGAUAUUUUAGAAAAUUAUAUAAGGAAAACCUCUCCAAUAAUACCUGUAUUAGAUAAUAGACUUACAGUAAUAAAUGAAUCUUGA